AAAAGCUACCUUACUAAGUUAUUCUUUUGUAACAAGGCCUCUCAGAGAGCUACGAUGGUUAAUUGCCUUAUGAGCUUAAGGUAAAAACGAAAAAACGAAUGAUCUUCGUGCGUUUGCUGGGAGAUCAACCAAAUGAUGUAAAAAAUAUGCAGAGAUCGAUAUUUGAUGCUGAGCUUUUAGUCAACUUGGAUUUGUUUGCCUUUUCCUGAGAGAAGUUAAGAAAUAUGGCUUCUGCUGCAGAAGAUGACGAGGUGUGUGAAGAAGAGGAAAACACGGUCGAUGAAGAUGGCAGUUCUGCAACUUUGAAAGAAGGUUGGUUCUUACCCGUGAUAUUGAAGUGUUCGUGAUAGUGAUACGUCGAAAGAGGUGACACCAACUUUCAUCUACCCCACGUCUGUGAGCAAUUGUCUAAGACUGUUAAUUAAGAUGUGCAAUUGGUUUCCUUCUCUCAUUGUAGGGUUAAAAAAGUCGUCUUCUGACUCGAAGAUCAAGAAACUGCGAAGAAAAAUUUCGCAAGGACUAAGACUUUGUGAGUAAUACAAUUAUCACUUAAACGUCAUUUGAUCUUGCCCAUUAUCGUUGAUCUGAAUUUAAACAGACUGCUUAGAACCAAUUAGGGCUAUGUUGUUAGAAUACGUGAUCGUAAUACUCCAGCUUGGGCUUUUACAUCGAUGUUUGAUGAUCAGAUGAUCAGCUCAAAGACCAAAUAUCAGACAAACUGUGCACAGUAGGUAACACUGGCUCCUUGCAGACAUCGUAUGGUUCUCUCCCGCACACCGAAAAAGAUGGUGCUCCAGAGUCAUUUUGAUAAUCAUGUUAAACUAGUGCUUUAGUAAGUGAGAAAUGGAGCUUGUGGUGGUAGAGUGGGGGAGGUUCCCUUUUUAAACUUUAAGGGGAAAGGUUAAGUCUUAUGGGUGCUAAGCUUUUCUCACAUCACUAGAAGUAUUGUUACACCUGGAAUGGAUGCUUCUAGGUGAAGCAAGGGUCCCUCCAGGACCCUUUGGAAACCAGCUUCUUAACUGAAUGAGCUACUCUGAAUAACUGAAAUUUAUCUGCUCUGCUUUUCUCUGUGGUGGGUAACCCCUUAGAAAUUUGUUAGGUUGCUAAUAGCCAUAUAUCGAGUAAAUGAAUUUUGCACUCCAGAAUAUGGAAUAGAACUGUGAGAGUCAAGUUUCUCAUUAGAAAGCACAACACAAUGCCUUAACUACCACAUGUUAAACAUUCUUGUAAAGAUUUGUUUCAAUCGUUUAAAAAAAAUUUUGUAUGAAUUUGUGAUGAAGGGUUAGGGUUCCAUGCUAUUAGAGGCACUCCUGAUAAUGGUCACUUCUUCACAAUGGAAGCAGACACUGAAUAAGGGUCCUCCAGACACAAUGCCAAAAUAACAACUUAGUUUUGUUGUCUUUUUUGAAGACUUUUCUGGUCAUUUUCAAAGUUUUGCAGGAUACUCUUAUGGUUGUCUAGAAAGGCCUGAUUACUAGAUGGGCUUACUUGUAAUGGCUUUUCACUUACUCAAUUUAGGUUUCCAAUUUGUUUUUUGCGGGUACAGACAUCAUUUGGCAUAUGUAAUUUCAAUUCACCUUUUAGCAUUCAUAAAAGAUGAGAGCGGUGGACCAGGUGUCGCUGUACAAAAUAACAGACAUGCAGAGGUAUGAUCUUCUCAGCAUUUAGUCUUUGUUAAAACCUGUAUUUAUUGUUGACUAAGUAUAGUAGUAUCCCAGUAAUAUCUUCAUGAACUAUACUAAGGUACAAUAUGAUAAGCUUUUUAGCUUAACUGUAACACUAAUGCAGACAUAAGCACAUUCACACAUGGGAGUAUUUUUUUUGCUUCGUUUGUCUGAUUUUUAGAGAUGUGAAGUGGAGCCUCAAAAUUGGGAGAAAAUGAACGUGGCUGGAAUUUGAAUUGGGACAAUUAUUUUUGUAUCUUGAAGAAAAUUUUAACAUUUCUGCCUUUGAAGCCCUAUUAUGGCUGUGUCCUUUCAGCCCUACUAUCAGGAAGAAAUCAAAUAAGUUUGUCAAUUUAGUGAUUUAAGACCAGUGACAGGAAGUAAAAAAUCAGUUCUUCCAUGAAUCCACCCAUAAGUGGUAUUCAUUUAUGAUCUUUCUCUCUUUCAAACAGACUGAUGAUGUUUUCAUGGAGUCCAGCCCUUGUGCGAGAUCAAACAAUCCUGUUGUUAGACCAGUGGUGAGAAGGACUUCAUCAGACUCAAUAGGCACUCGACUGAGAAAGAUCAGCUUUGAGAUUGGUUAUGGUAGAAGGCAUUCUGAUGAAUUAGCACCUGGGGAAUUAAAAGGCCUACCAGAGGUACAUUGAUAAUAAUGGUGAUUAUGGUUUGAUAGUAAUGAUGAUCACUAUCAAUGAGUUUUGAACAACCAAGGCCUUGCCUCUAUUGUAAUAUUUUCCUGUGAAAACUCAGUUCCCUUCAGCAUGUCAGCGUAUUUGGAAACCAAGAGCAAAAGAAAUCAAAGGAUUUUUACAUUAAAUGAAUGAAGAACCUGAAUGUAUAACAUUAAAAAAAACAUCAAAGGAGUCCUUGGCAUUUGCAUACUUGAAGUUCAUACUUAAGCAUUUUUUAGUUAUUUUUUUUGUAAAAAGAGAUAACUUUAUGUUAGCAUACAGAGUGGUAUGUUUCUUACACCAAUCAGAUCGCUGCAUAAGGGUAUUAUCUUGCACCAAUCAGAUUACCGCAUUAGGGUAUGCAUCUAGUACCAAUCAUACCAUAGUAAAUUUUGAAUAUCUUGCCCCAAUCACAGUGUUUGGGUAUGUUUUCUUGCUCAUUUGAUAAGUGUAAUGGUUUAUUGCCUUCGUGAGAGCUUUGUCAAUUAAGUUUGAGAUUUAUCGGGAUAGGAAAGUUAUGCAUUUAAACUUUUAAGUUAGAACAUGUUUUUUCAGCUCCUUUAUGCACAAUGCAUAUGCCAAACAACUUACAGUCCGUCAUGUACCAUGAAAAAAACCUCCAAAGUCCAAUCAGAACAUACGCAAUCAUUGCACUACAUGAACAUUAAAGUAAUUUUUUAUGUGCUUGAAUUGUAUCAGCCACCAAUCAAAUUCCAUUUUGCCACAUUGGACUUCACUCCAUCAUUUGUCAUUUCCUUGUAAACAACCUGCAUUUUAUCAUGUAUUUUAACUGCAUUGUCCAACCCCACCAAAAAAAACUUUACAUGGAACUAAAUGCUACUGCUAUUGAGUUUUCCAAGCAAUUCUCCCACAUUUGACUUUUUCCAUGAAUUAAAGUCACUUUAAGCUACCUUGGACUUAACCCAAUUGCAUGUUAAUUCCUUGUAAAACAACCUCCAUUUUAUCACAUAUUUCACACAAAGAGGGCAAAGUCCAGAUAGGCAACAACCAAUCAAGGAGCCCUCUUUGAAAUGUUAUCCUUUUCUCUUUUUAAUGUAUCUUCACUUAUUCAAGAUCACAAUAUAUCUUUGGUUAUGGUCUAUUAGAGGUACAGCAGCAUUUCAGUUUGCUUUUCGUAGUAAAUUAUAUGGAAUUAUAUUUUUGAGGUAACUAACUGUAAUUUGAGGUAUUCUGAUCUUGUUGUGCAAUGCGCUCUCCCUCAAAUGGGAAGAAGAGAGUGUUGUGUGACGAGACCAACAACAGCUGCAAAGUAGACAACAAUAAGCGUGGUACCAAUGCAUUUCAUUUUAACUAAGACAUAUUUAGACAAUAGAGACAGUAGAUCACAUAUAUCUGUGAGAGUUCAGAUGAAUUACAGAUAGGUUUUUUCUGUCUUUGUGCCAUAUUUUUGUUUUGUGAAAGUUAAGUUCUUUUUGGUGACAAAAAUGAAAACAUUAAGUACACAAACUGUCCCAUCUCAACCCAUCCAGCAAAAAAAUAACUCUUACAUGCUAUGCAUACCUAUGUUAAAGAAUUCUAAGCAAAAGUGUAUUUUUAAAUUUAAGGUAACAUUUUGGUUGAUUACUUUGUUUUGAAGCCCCUAUCUCCUCCAUUUGGUUGCCUUGAUGCUUAUCAAAAACUGGAACAACUUGGAGAGGGCUCAUAUGCAACCGUGUUCAAGGGGAUCUGUAGGUAAAUAUAAAAUUAUUCCCAAAUGAUUUUGUCUAUCUAAAGGUUAUUUUUAAAAUCAGUGCAGUUCUUGUGGUGAAAAAAAUUCUACAUUAUUUUACUAUUGGUUUGUACUGAUCACAUUAUCUACAGAACUUUUUUUAUUACUGAGUUUGCAGUAUUUCAUUCUUUUAAGUUGUUUUAUGACAGAUUAUUUAUGAAUAGGCAAUUAAGUAUAAAUUUGUUUUUUAAGAAAAGCAUAGAUCAGAUGAAAAGGCUUUCAAAAAUAUUUUGUGUGGCAAUUAUGGUGAACUCAGGAGUGUUGGUGUUUUGUGACACUCAGAAAGCAAUUCAUCAUUGAGUGCCUGAUCAUAGUUCAAAUUCUUUCUUUUUGCCAAAUGUAUCCAGGGCAACAAUAUCACAAAUGGAAAGUUAGUGGUGGGUGGUUUAAAAAUAUUGCAGCAUUUAAUGUUGAAAUAAGCUAAACUGGAAGCAAAACAAUUUAAUAAAAAAAAUUUUCAUAACAAGGUUGAGGUUUGAGGGCUCUUUAAAUUAUAGUUUUUUAGUUUUUAUCCAAUCAUGGCCUUCAAAAGUGACACAAUGAUACAGUAUUAUAUUUUGAUAUUUAUUUAUCAUUCCUUGUGUCAGCAAAAGUUCAGAAGGGUAGCAAUCAACUCUUACAAAUCAUACUUCAAACAGGCUUUGAUUUAUUGCACGUGCUAUGAUAUGAUUGUGCAGUGAAUACUUUCUGUGAUUAUUAAAAAUUUUUAUUGCUGACUAGGACAUUGACAACCAACUCUGAUCAACAGAAAUCUUUAAUCCUAGUGCAAAUAAUAAAAUUGUGGCGUGCUAUGAUAUGAUUGUGCAGUGAAUACUUUCUGUGAUUAUUAAAAAUUUUUAUUGCUGACUAGGACAUUGACAACCAACUCUGAUCAACAGAAAUCUUUAAUCCUAGUGCAAAUAAUAAAAUUGUGGCCCUCAAAGAGAUCAGAUUGCAAGAAGAGGAGGGAGCACCUUUUACAGCAAUCAGGGAAGGUAACAGCUUUAUUAUGUAUAGUUUUUAAGGAAGGGUGGUAUCCUAUCCACUGUGUGUUGUGUUGCCUGUGUAGUACUAGCUUUGUUGCAAAGUUUUCAUAAAUAUGACAGCUGGACAACAUUUUUAAGCAAUGACUUUGGCCACAACUUCUAGCUAACAAAUAACCUAUUAAUUCUCUCUUCUCUCACUCUCAAAUCACUUUCAAGUUUUUCUGCAAGAAUUGAUUUCUAUUUAUGAAUUUGUGGUACCAAAUGUGUUUUAUAAUUAUAUAGAUUGACAAGCAGCCUAAAGACUUUUGUAAUUUAAUAAUCCUUCUCAAAAAGAAACUCAGAAAGUUAACUGAGAGAGGUAUUUGUAGUUAACAACUAUUAAUAUUAAUCAAUGAAAGUUAAUAUCUGAUAAAAUUCUCCUAAAAAAUUUGUAGGUUGUGAAAUGUUGAGCAAUACUUUUCCUAGUUCUUUAAUAGUUCCAUGAAUUUCGACAUUUCAGCCUUGUAUUUUGGGAAGUAAUUCGCUGACUAAAAGUUGCAAUCAAUCCCCAUAUGUUAUGCUAGAGAAAGCAUCUCAUUUGACUUCUGUUUUUUGGUGGAAAUGGGACAAGAUUUACACUCGCACAACUUCAAAACAUACAUUUGAAUUUUCUUACAAUUUAAAUUUCCUUAACAUUCUUUGUAAAUUAAUCAUUGUUGGAAGAGAAUAAUAUGUUUGGUAAUAUUAGAGAAGAAGAGAAGUCAUUGUGAUAGUCAUUUAACUUGAGUUUGCCUGCAAAACCAGUCUUGUGUGUGCAGACUUCUUUUUUUUUCUUAUGUGCUUUCUAAUUGACAGGUGUCAGAUUGUGACAGAUACUUAGAAACAAAUAUGUUUUGAAGUUUGCCUGGAAGCCAUUUAAAUCACCCUUCUUAUUACACAGGGAAAGAAUUUUGCUAAGUUUUAGAAAAAUAGAUAAAAAUGUUAUUUACCAGCUUAGGUCAGUCUCUAUUAGGAAAAGAUGUGCCCUUUGGCUUGAGCGCCGCCCCUGGCCUAUAGCCAAGGAUGGCCAUACUUCAAGACUUCAGGGACAGUUUUUCCCAACUCUGACCUCCUGGCUGGUGAAUAACAUAAAUAAGAUAAAGAGACAUGAAUAUAUAGACUUGCUGAAGCCAUUGUGCAUGUAAGAGAUAAGUGUUUCCAAAGUAUCUGUAUGUUUGGCCAAUCUUGAAUGACAAGAAAUUAUUAGUUUGUAACUAGGUGUGUACUUUCUUGGCAAUAGCAUCUUGGCAAUGACAGUAGACAUUAAAAACUUUGGAAUUUAAAUGAUGUGGUCACUGGCUUUGUGAAAAGGAUUAUGAUAACAAACCUUUUUUUUUUUUCAAAGAAAAUAACUGUUGCCAGUGAAAGUGGAUUUUUCCCUUUUUGUUACCGGUGAAAUAUGAUCAUGAUCUUGAGAACUAAAUGAUAUUUACCAUUAGCGAUGGUCAUUGUUUGUAUUUGUUUGAUUGAUUGUUAUUUUUUAGCUUCUUUGUUAAAGCAGCUGAAGCAUGCCAACAUUGUAACACUUCAUGACAUUAUACACACCAAAGACACCCUUAUGUUUGUCUUUGAGUUUUUGGUAAGUUUUAAUGUUUGUUAGAAACAAGUAUCUCAUCAGUGUUUCUUACAGUGUAUGAAUUUUUUUUUGUUUUUGAAAUCCACCACCUCCCCUAUCACAGGUAUCCCCUUCAAAAGAGUUUCAUGGCCCUCUUUUUCAUGGAUGGUAGGCAAGAUGUUUACGGCUGACAUUGUUUAAUCACUUUUGUCUACCCUCACUCUUUUAAACUGUGCUUUCUUGUUUUCAUUUGUGGACAUAUUGAGUUUUGGAAGAAAAAAAAAAGUAUUAAUUUUGUAACUAUUUAAAAUGAGAGUUGUCACAGAUGUAAUUGCAGUGAAAUUUUGCAUGCUUUAAUUGGCUGGCAUUAACAGGUAAUCACUUGCUCAAUGCAUUGAAUGCAUUUUAAAAAAUUUGUACCAUUUUGGACUUAGACACAUUCAUUCUGAAAGCACUGAACUUCUUGUCGUUCAAUUUUUGAAACAAAUCAUAUUGUCUUAUGAUUUCAAAAAAAAUCAGGCUUACUCGAUUUUGCAAUCACAGGACAGGUGUGAGUAUUGAACAGAAAUUAUGCAAGGAAAGGACCAGUCACAAAAUAUAAAGUACUUGGUUUAUUAUAAAAAAUGUGCACUUAACUACUUAACAUUAUGUAUUAACAUGGAAUGUUGCUGUUGUUGUUUCCGUUACAUUUGACUUUGCCUUGUGGCCACCCCCACCUUCCUCAGCAAAAUAAAAACAUGCUUACACAGUAAGAACUAUUUUCUAAUAAAGUGAUUUAUAGUGACAAAUUUUCAAUUUUUUUAACUGUUUUGAAAAUGUUCUUUGCUUUAGGACACAGAUCUUAAUACUUACCUUGAAAAGUAUCCAAGAGGCAUCCCUCCACAGAAUGUCAAGGUUUGUGAAAAACAUAAUUAUUUGAAUAUUGUAUUGUGAUUAACACCUUUGUUGUCCUAUUCCAUUUAUGAUUAUUGUUUCACUCAUUAACAGUGUUAUGGUUGACAUAGGACAUGUUCUAGAGAAAAAUUAUUUCUGACAUUCAGGAAGGAAAAGAAACUAAGUAACAUAGUUAUAAUGAGUUAAAAAAUAAAGUGAAGCAGUUGUUCACAUCAAAGGUAUUCAACGGAUACACUAAAAAAAUGGUCCUAAUAGUAAUCAGGAAUAAAUGACAAAGUAACACUAAUGACUUGCAUGCUCAACAAAUUCCUCAAUCUAGGAAACAAUAUGUAAACUGCCUGUACCCUGUUUAGACAUCUCAGUUAUCAAUGUCUAGAUUCAUAUUGGUAGAGACUAAUAUUCAUGUAAGAAUUUUUCCAGUCACAAACUAGACAACUCUUGACAAUCAUUUUGUUCUUUAGUACAAAUUCAUUUUUUAUCCAUAAUGUGAUGCUUAAGGUGUAAGAACCAUCUCUAAAUUUUAAGUGAUGAUGAUGAGAUGGUGUUGAGGAAAACAAUAUUCAAUUUUUCUUGGUUUCUCACUUGUAGGCUUCCAUUUUGUUUUGCUGAACUGGAAAAUUGUUUAUCAGUCCUUGUGUACAUAAAUCAUUUUGUUUUACGUGAUAUGUAACUCACCAAGUUUAUUGAGAUUACUUUUCCACCCAGAACUGUAUCAUAGUCCAUCUUAGAUAGUUUUCUUUUUUAUUUUAAUGAGUUGGAAAUUCACUGAUUUCCCAUGAUGUUUGUUUAGGCUUAAACAAUUUUUGCUUUGUUUUACUGCAAAAGAUUUUUUUUUCACAGAUAGUCACAAAUUUCAUUUUACAGGUGUUGUAACCUGUGAAUAUUUGAAGCCCCAAGUCUGUUUAUGAGCUAACAGUGCAUAUCAUGGCUAAUAUUUGUUUUUUUUCACUUCUGUUGUAUAGCAUGGUUUCUAAAGAUUAAGUUAUUAGUUUUGAAAGAAGACAAAAUAGGCCAAUCAUCUUUCUGUUCUUGCUUGCAGCUGUUUCUGUUCCAACUAUUGCGAGGAUUAGCUUAUAUUCACAAAAGAAAAAUUCUUCACAGGUGAUGGAAAGUUACAAGGAGCAGUAAUGAUCAUAAAUUUGACAAGAUCAUUGCAUGUGUAAUUUAAAGUUAUUUGAUCAUGAUUAGGAUGUAACAUACUAUCCUGAGGGAAACAGUAAGUUUUGUUUUCCCAAGAGUCCUAAUGUUUCCCUUGUCUCAGGAUACAUCAGGACUUGAAGGAAAACAAAACUAUCUAGUCUCCCAAGAGACCAUACUUUAAGUGCUUUGUUAUAUGUUUAGACCUUCCCUUAAAAAAUCAUAAGGCAAAAACAAACAAACAAACAAAGACGGCACAACUUCUUUAUUCACAAUCAUGAAUAAAGAAUUGUGAGCAUGUGCUGAAGAUCAUGCCAUUUUUAAUUUAGUCAUGCACUGAUCACAUGCUGUUGUAUUUGGCACGUGGGUAACAACUGCACAAUAAUUAUUGUAUCCUGGUCGGGAUACAUUUGAAUUUGAUCAAGUACAUGUGACCAAGAAUCAACCGAUCACAGUGCUCAUUUUGAUGAGUGAAAGUCUAGGUAUAUAACAACAUAAAUUGUUUAUCUCUUAAGGAAUCCUGAUAAGGGUGCGGUGCAUAAUCCAUGUUAAUUAGGGGCAAUUUGUGGAAUGUGCUCCGCCGUGAUACUGAACCCUCAUUAGCAAGCAUAGGAGGUGCAGAUGAGGAGUUUGAUUGUAUUUACAGUUACAUCCAAAGUGGUACAGAGUAGAGAAAGUAAAGAAAACUGCUGCCAGUCAGGGUGGUUGCAGGAGGAACCCAAUUUUUUUUCUCUUGACUACUGAAAAGUCUCAAUAUUUGAGGUGAAAACAAAAAGGAAAAUAGAAUGCCCUUACAUUUUGACUACCAUGGUUUGGCAUCAGGAUGAUAGCUUUUCAUUUCCCAAAGUUUGAUUGGAAAAUGAUUGGGAAAGUUAGAAGAAUGCUGAAUGUUGUGAUAUUGGAGAGAAUCUGAUGUGGCUUCUUAUCUUAUCCAGAUGAAAGGUUAUUUCUUAUGUCCUCGUAAUUUGAAUGGAAUCAUUUGACAUAGGAUUUUGUUAUUUCUUUAAUGAAGGGUACAUUCUGUUGAUGUUUUAUAGGGACUUGAAACCUCAGAACCUGUUGAUAAAUGAGAGUGGAGAGUUAAAGCUGGCUGACUUUGGUGAGUUAGAUAAUAUUGUUUGUAUGUACAUGUAUAUUUGAAUCAUCUCUCUUAUCAAUCCUGGUUUUCAAAGCAAACUGAAGGAAAUAAAGUAUUAUUGAUGAAGUUUGUGGGGAAGAAAUAAUAGGGAAGGGUUUUUUCAGUGAGGAACAACUGAGUCGUGUAUAUUUUAUGAUAUAACCUGGGAAAUAUGAUUCCAUUUUCUUGAUGUCUAAUUUUUAAACAGUUUAAGUGAAAAAGAACUGAGUUUGUAAACAUUAGAUAAAGCCUGGCUGUGUUCAUGUGAACCAGGGUUAAAGCUCCCCCAGUUUGUUUUUUUUAAUAUAUAUUUUAACUAAGUUAUGCAGAUUAUUACAUAAUGUACCAAUUUGCCAUUUGUUUUUAUAUUAGAGCUUGUUUUUAAGGAAAGGAGGGGACUUAUUUUUAACAAUUCUGUUUGCAUAGGUUUAGCACGAGCCAAGUCUGUUCCCAGCCACACAUAUUCACAUGAAGUGGUCACACUAUGGUAAUUAAUUAAUUUAUUCAAUGAAUAAACAAAUCAUCAAAAUCAAACUUCAUAAGACACCAGUAAUACUACUUUGCAUUUCAAAUUAUUGUGCUUGAGCAUAAGGAUGGUUUUCAUCAUUUUUGCAUCAUUUUUGGUUUAAAAUAAUGCUAUUGUCAUUUAGUAUACAUUAAAACAGUAGACAGUGAUAUAGGGAGGUACUCAUUGGCUACUCAAACUGCUAGUAUCCUAUGCCAUUCACCUCUGAGCAACUUGCACACUAUUUGCACCUGAAAAUGUUGUAAUCAUUCCAGGAAUAAACAAGUUAAAAUCAUUUUUUGCUUAAUCUUAUCCCAAUGUUUUCGUACAUACUAAAACAACUAUUCACUGUAGCAUUGGUGUAGCAGAGGAUAUUUUCCUGCCUGGUUCAGUAAAUAUCCACCACUAGCCACCACCUCUUGAGUAAAUAGUUGUAUGAAGAUCCUUUACCAUGCCCACUUCAUUUGAGUUCUAGACAAAAAGAGAUGGCAUGAAUGAAAAAAAACUUUAAACAAAAACAGUCAGAAAGUAACCUAAGACAUUGGAUUGCAACUUUGUUAUGUUCUUUCCCCAAAAAAAAAAAAAAAAAAAAGAGGCUUCCCUUUUUGAUUGUUUGAUUUUUUAAAUAAUUUCAGGACUAAAUCUUUCACUUGUUCAAACUUAAUCCAAGCUACUGUAAGAACCUUUAUACAAGGGAUCUAAAGUUUGAUGAAAUUAACACUCUACUAUACAUGUUUCACAUGUUUUUGUACCAUUUUUGAUAUUUUGACUUCUAUUUUACUACAUUCUCUGUUUACCUAUGCUAGGUUUAUCAAUAUAAACAUUCUUUACUCCACAAAAUGUAAUGAAAGAGUUGUACUUUGUACAAAUGUGAACAAAUAGGUACUAUUAUAAUCGUUAUUGUUAUUUUUACUAUUACUAUAAUUAUUAUCAUAAUUAUAGUUACUAUUAUCAAUGCCGUCUUUAUCAUGAUUACCAAGGCUACAAACAGUUUUACUGUUAGAGCUACUACAAAAAUUAAUUGACAUUUGGCAAGAUUUGUUAGAAAGGUGGAAAAAUCAACCAGAGGCAAAUUACAAGCUAUCAAACAUUACUUACAUUUGAUUAACUAAUUUGCAGGUAUCGACCUCCUGAUGUUUUACUUGGAUCAAAAGAUUAUACUACCUCGUUAGAUAUCUGGUGAGACUAAUGACUAUUAAUAUAGUAUGAGAAAUAGACGUCAGAAUCUCAUAGCAGGGUUUAUUCCUGCAGAAGUUUGUUUUUCUGAUAUUUGCAUUUUGUUUUUCCAAGGGGUGCUGGUUGUAUUUUUAUAGAGAUGAUGACAGGAAUUGCGCUGUUUCCUGGAAUGAGAGAUUCUAUUGAUCAACUCAAUAAAAUCUGGCAGGUAUUGUUAAGAAUUUCUGUAAACUCCUUUUAAAAUUGUGAGAUAAAAAACACUGAAUUUGACAAGUUGAAAUUGUCACUAUGAUUAUCUUGAUUAUUUCGUUAAAAAUUUCGAAUUUAAAAUAUUUAAUAACUUUAAACUUGUUGUGUUGCCUGUGUACUGAUAAGCUGAUCACGUUUAGUUGCUGGACAAAUUUUGAUGUGAAACAGUCAUACAAUAUUUUUCAGCAAUUAACUUCAAUGAAAUUAAUUACAGAUUAUUGGUGGCCAUGAUGCAGGUCAGAGUUCAAGAAAACUUUAUCCGCCACCUUAAACCGUUUGUCGCCUCAGAGAUGUAUAUUUCCCCAGAAAAUGGUCUAAUAAGAACUCAGUAGGUAAAAAGUUUGUGAUCAGCAUGCAGAUCUGAUUGUGUUUCUUUUAUGUAUCGUAUCCCUUUAGAUAUCUGGAACAGCCACUGAGGAAACUUGGCCUGGAGUUACCCGAUUACCUGAAUAUGAUGCAGGUUUGUCUCUGGAUUAUACCUAUAGUUUUUUUUUCUAAUAUCUAACUUAUAAAAAUACAAAAAUAUACGAUUCAAAUAGGAAAAUACAUCUAAUGCCAAGUCAUAUUUAAGUUAUGUAUGUUGAAACAAUAAGGUAAAUUCGAUAUCCCAUAACCUUAUAAUUAGAACGAGGAAGCUGUUAAACGUCCAUGGACUCGUCCAUGCAAUGUGUUUGUCGAUUGAAUCAUAGGUUUUGAGUUGGUGUGCAAAAGCUUCUAGAUCUGACAAUACUCUCUUUUAAGUCGGUUAAAUUGCUGCUUUUUGGUAAUAGGCCUUUCAGAAAGAGGAUUAGAAAUAGCAAUCUUGGCUGAAAAGCCUUUUCCGGUAGCAGUGUCACUUCUAUACGCUUAAUAUGGAUUAUUUUUUAACACUAAUUUCUUAUUAUUGCAUUGCCCAUCCUUAUUUCGUAUAAUUUUUCCUGCGCGAGUAGCACGCGCACAGCAACACAAUGGCGGCUUCUAUUAAUAAUGGUAAUAGGACUGAGUGGAGUCCAAUUCGGUCUGUAAUCAUACGAGUGAUUAACAAAAUCGGACGACUGCAAAGCAGGAAUGCGAUUUGCUAAUCACAAGUUAAUAAUAACCAUUACAAUUUUCGAAAAAAAAAUACAUCCACAACAAAUAUCUCUAGUAGAGACAAUGUCAAAAUUAAGAAUUCCUCCACUUUAGAUAUUCCUCAGUUCUUUUGGGAAGGAUAAGUGGUUGUUGCUAUGGUUAUUGUGAUCAGUUCUGUUAUUUUUGGAUUUAGCUGAGUGGAUCAAGUACGAUUGGCUGCUUCAACUGUCCAAGUACAGUUGUCCGAUUACACUGUCCGAUUAAAACUCUACAAAUACGAGUGAUUAAAAUACAUUAAGGACAAAUAUGGGCAGUAGAGACAAAGUCUAAGUAAAAAAUUCCUCAACUUUGGGAGUUCCACAACUUUUUUAGGAUAAGUGGUUGUUGCUAUGGUUAUUGUGAUCAAUUCUGUGAUUCAGGCCUGUCUGUGAUUGGUGGAUGUGACUGAAAGGACUUAGUAUGAUUGGCUGCUUCAACUGUCCGAUUACAGGUGUCCGAUUACGGCCAACUGUCCGAUUACACUGUCCGAUUACACUGUCCGAUUACUAUUCUACAGAAUUAUUAGUGAAAAAUAAAACAGCUACUGCACCAAUCACAUUUGAAGAAAUUCUAAUGGUCAUGAUUAAUGUUAUAACAGAACAAUUUUUUCGGUUGUUACAGUUUCGAACAUUUAUCGCGCAACUCAGCAAAGAUCUCUAAAAUUAACAACAUGGUGUCUCCAUCUUUUUUUUUCUUUAUUCUUAUGUCCUAUGUGUGGAUCAGUUACGACAACUUUGAAAGAUUUACACAGUACAUCCUUUAAUGGGAAUAUCUUUAAGCCAAGUAAAUAGUUUCUAAAGAAACGUUUAUGUUACGUCAGCACUCCUACUCAGCACUCGGGUGUGGAGUUAUGUUACUCACAAUCCUCCUUUUUGCCUUAAGAAAGUUUUAGCGCUGGAAAUAUUAGCUUUUCUAAACUCGCUACUGAGAUUUAUUUACGUUGCCCCAGUAAUAGAUAUAUCUCCCUAUCGUGCAGCUCUUAUGCGUUUCAAUAUUUCUGUAAAUUCGUCGGUCAGUGGUUUGAAUUCUAUUUUUGUAAACACAAACUUCUUUCCGUUUUCAUAUCUAGGGUGUUCACUUAAGAUUUUACUUCUUUAAAGUAUAUUGAUUUGUGCUAUUUAAAUGCAUGGCUUGAAGUAAUCUUUUUUUUUCCCUCCCACUUAGAUUUGUUUGUUGAUUUUCAACCUCAGCGACUUGGACUUGUAGCCCCAAAGUGAGUUGUAGAAUCCUAAUUAUAUUACUAACAUUCAGGGAAGAAUGCAGAGAAGCUGCCAGUCAGUCAGAUUCACAGACUGUGUCGUAUUCCUCAGAUCUUGAGCUAUGUGGAGGAGAGCUUCGUCAUCUCGAAACGCUAAGGGUAACGAAAAAAAGUUCGAGGUAGCGGGUGAAUCGAGUUAGCUGACGAUAAAUGAAUGAAAUAAUUUUCCACCAGGGGAGUGGCUUGAAGCUUUACGGUAACUUAAUGAAAAUUCAAGUUAAACGAGUUCCAGUCAGCCAGGAUUAAUAUAAUUAAGUUUAUUUAUUAAUUGAUUGGUUGAUUUUAUUCCUUUGAUUCUUUUUUUUCUCGCCAAAGGUUGUUGCUGUUAAGUGGCGCUGAAUCUCUGGCCACAGAAAUGGUUCAGGUAAUACUAGCAUUAAACAGAACAAUGGCUGCACACACGGUUAAAGACAGUGAUACAUUUGUAGCUGCCCUUUUUAAAUUCAUUAGCAACAUGACGCUAUCACGGUCAAACACAGUGAUACAUGUGUAGCUGUCCUUCCACUUCCAUAACAACACGAUAUUAUAACAACGAAUUUGUUCUGUUCUCUUCGGAAAUGAGAGGGAGGUGGUUAUAGAACCAACAGGUAGGCUGAAUUGAUUUCAGAAAGUUCUGACUUCUUAUUUCAUUUUAGUAAUUCGUUUCGAAAGCUCCUCGUUAAGUUAGCCGUUUAUCCUCGUUAAACGACUUCUUUGUAAUGAGAUUUGUGUAUGUCUUUGUCGGUGGAAUGAAGGAUAGAGGGUGAUGACAUGGUGUAUAUCAACUAUGUGCCUUAUUUUCUUACAAGUAUUGCCAUCAAAGUUUCAACUGAAAUUUAUGCAAUGAGGUUGCAAAAGAUGUGAGCGAACAAGGAAAGGAAAAGAGUAGUUGCUCUGUUACAGGAAUCAAGUCUCAAAGUGCGUCUCCAAUUUUCCACCAGGAGGCUUUAUCGGUAGAAUACUCGAUAUGCGCCGAUCAGUUCGAAGCUUCAUCUUCCCCCUGGGCAACUCACGGGCAUUUGACUGUCUUCUGUGCGCCAGGGGGUGGGGAAUUUGAACCUUGCCUGGGUGAGGUGGGGAAUUUGAAUCAGCGGAAUGUGCGUGUUUUAAUUUUAGAUGUUAAGUAGUUUUCAGGUGAAUAGACCCCUUUCGUGAACAAAGAACACAGAAAAAAAUUUCACAUCGUAGAAUGAUUCUUGCAAGCAAAAGGCCAAGCCGCGGCACUGAUAAAAAAAAUACGUUACUUGGCUAAAUUCCACACAAGAAUCGUUCAAAACAAAAUUGUGCUUAAGUGGGUCAUUUGAACACAAUUCCAGAUGGGUGGGAGGGGGGGGGUUGGACACGUCAAUUUUUAAGAGUUCGAGUGCCCGGGGUGGUUACCCGGGGGGAAUAUUGAAGCUUUGAAUUAAUUGAGGUAUCAAAACUUUUUUCGCAACGUGAUUCAACACCACUCGUCAAAUAAUAACAGUGUGGUCAAGACUGCAUAUAUUAACCAUUUAGGGUAAUAUUUGGAUGAGACAGUGAUCAGAAGCCAUGUUUUGAUAUUAGUGUGACCCAAGAAACAGGAUAUCUGCCAGUGACGCCAUGAAACAUGUAUACUUCAGUGAUUUACCAAAGGAAAUCCACUCUCUACUCGACGGUAAUGGUUGUAUGUUUGUAAUGAAUUGCUUUCUACAUUCAAGACAAUAGAUAUGUCUCAACGUGUGUGUUUGUUAUUGCAACGAAAAGUUGAAGGUCAAGAGCGAUUGUUUGUUAUCUCUGCCAUAACACAAUCUCUCGCUUUGCUUUCUUCAAUCAUGUCUAAGGUGUCUUGUAAUUGAGAGAUGAUUGCUCUCUAAUGUUCGUGAUUAAAAUCGUCUUCGGCCUAGCCUGCGUGGCAGUCCUUUUCUGAUCCUUUCAAGAAAGAGCAGUGUGAGUGGAGUAGAAGCCGCGCGACGGCGUAAGCCUUCGAAAGACUACCGCACAGCUCGCUCUUCUCCCGUCUGACUCGUAGGAAAAGACUGCUACGCAGGGCGUCCUAGUUUUCUUCUUUUCUUAAUAUGGAAAUUUCCAACAAAUGUUUAAAUGCCCUGUGUCACUUCCUACCUAUGGAUAAACGAUCCAUGGAAUAUUGAAU